AUGCCAUCUCUGACGCUCUCAAAGAAUAUGUUCGCAGCCUUCAUGAAGCUCAGCAUCCCCACCGUGGUAGCCAUCUGCGGGCACGCGGAGGCGAGCGCCUUCACGCUUGCUCUGGCUCACGAUUACCGCUUCAUGAGUACGCAGGGGUCCUCCCACCUCUACAUGUGCGAGCUCGAUCAUGGCUUCAACAUCCCCAAGAGUAUGCUCACCUUGAUUCGUAGCAAGCUGCACCCUGCAGCCGUACGCGAUGUGGUGCUAGGCGGCACCAAGCUCAACGCCCAGAUGGCCUUUCAGAAAGGGAUUGUGGACGCCGCUUUCGACGACUCGGUGGGGACUUUGCAGGCGGCGGUUAAGGAUGCAGAGAAACUGGCGGUCAGGGGAUGGAACAGGGAGAUCUACCGCAGCUUCAGGUUGGCUGCCUUUCCUGACGUUGUGGAGGAGCUCGAUAUUCAUGUUCCCUAUCGUAUGCUCGCUUCCUAUAACUUCUGA